AUGUCUGAAAAGAAAUCCGACCAACACUCUGAAACAUUCUCGAUUGCCUCGACAAAGGCUUCGAUCAAGUCUAAGCUCAAUUUCCUCAAAAGAAAAGAAAAAUGCAAAGAAGAGAACACAAUGAAUUUAACUAGCACCCCAAAGAAGGAGAAGAGUCCAUCAAUAAAUUACCAGGCAACAGCUACUUACAUGUCAUUGAAGUAA